AUGGCCGUGGCCCCCCCGCCUACCGUCCCCGUGCAGACUCCCCUCGAGCCCGAAUCUGCCAAUGCCGUGCUCAACGAUGCCGACCUUGGGACGCCGCUAGACAAGCAUCGAAUGAAUUGCGACAUCAACAUGCAGCACCUCCGCCAAGUGGGCGAAACCUACGGCUUAUCCGGUAAAAUUGAAUACUUCAAACGAUACGUUCGAUUUCAUCGCAAGCCCAUCGAACGACUGUCAUACACCAAUAUCGACCAGAAACUACUGCCCCGCAGCUUUCAGAAGGUCGAUCUGAACAGCGGAUAUGUUUUCCAGGAGUGUGCCGAGCCUCUCGAAGUACCGGUCACGCAGUCGCCCUAUCCUGCCGACGUCAACCUCUCCGAGUUCAUGUUUGCUGUUUCUACAACUUUCUCACGCAUCAAUAAUCCAGCCAGCAAUCCCAUCAAGGAAUGGGCUUUUUGGCUCACCAACAGCAACGGCAGGCCGAAUGGCGGCAAGAUGCUUCUUCAACUCAUUGACGCCACUGUUGCGGAGCUCGACGAUGUUGCGAGACGCCUGGCACGCGCUGGUAUUGAUGCCGACGUGAGCCACACCGACUCAAGGCUUGAGAUGGCGGUGCGCUACUUGGGUCUCGUCCCUAUGCUCUACAACCAUCGAGAGCGGCCCAACAAGAAGUGGCUUGUCAUGUGCGACGACGACACAUACUUCCCCAAUAUGCACGCGCUCAAGGCCCGGUUCGAGAAGUACGACCAUAAGAAGCUACUCUACAUUGGAACCUUGUCAGAGGACGUUGGCGCCAUUGAGCGUCAUGGAUCACAGGCGUUUGGCGGUGCUGGGGUUUUCCUCAGCGUUUCCAUGGCGGAGAAGAUCACGGACAUCUUUGCGACAUGUCGUUCCAACACCAAGAUCCGAGAAGCCGACUCGGGCUGGGGGCCUCAGGGCGAUAUUCUCCUGCGCAAAUGCAUCUACGAGAACACCAACGUCAGGCUCACCCAGUUGUGGGAUUUGUGGCAGCUUGACCUUUUCGGAGAUCCUGCCGGUUUCUAUGAGGGUGGCAUCAAGCCUUACUCUGUUCACCACUUCAAGGGUGGAGGAUGGCACUUUGCCUAUCCCUUCCAGUCAACCAAGAUUGCCCACGCCUGCGGCGAGGACUGUUCGUACCAGAGAUUCGUUACAACUGACAAUUUUGUCAUUUCCAACGGUUUCAGCGUAGCCCAUUACCCACAAGGCAUUGACUUUGACCUCGACCAAUUCGAGGGCACUUUCCACGCCGCGCCGGAAGAUAGAGGCUGGAACUUGGACUGGAUGUACGGCCCCCAACGGCCAUCCAUGCUGAGGACUGGCAAGAAGAUUGCCUGGGAGCUUCGCGAGUCAUACAACAAUCCCGACGGCUCUGUGCUUCAGACCUACAUUCGCCGGGCUGAUGACGUCCGAUGGGUCGAGAACGACAAGCCACUUCGCACCCACGAUGGUGUCAUUGAGCUUGUCUGGAUCCCUGCUUAA